AUGAUGCCCAGUUAUGAGUUCAAAACUGGAGGCCCGCUCAAACAAGAACUAACUUCUCACACAGGCCCAACUUGUCUAGCGGAUUUUCACAGCCAACAUUAUGCCGGUAUAAAAGGACUACAAUUUGAAACAGGAGAGGCAUGGAAGAAGGUUUUUGGACCAGUUUUAAGUUAUUUGAACAGGGAACUAGACAACGUUGAACCAUACUUACUUUGGGAGGAUGCAAAAGAACAGGCAUUAAGAGAAAUCCAGAAGUGGCCUUAUAACUUUCCGUUGUCCCCCGAUUUUCCUCGUGCUGAUAAAAGGGCAACGAUUAGAGGUCGUCUUCUGGUUAGUGACAGGUUCUUGAAAAUAGAGAAUUUCCCAGCCAAAUCUGCAUAUGUGGGAUUAGCUCGGCCAGGACUUCCCGGAUCAUGGCAAUCGGAUGCUAAGGGAUAUCAAUUUUGGACUCGAGUUGAUAAUGAAGGCAAUUUCACAAUAAGAAAUAUUCGAGCAGGCAAUUACAACUUGUAUGCUUGGGUACCCGGUGUCUUUGGCGAUUACAAGUACGAGUUAAAUAUUGACCUCCUGCCAGGAGAUAUCUCUGAUCUUGGAGACCUUUCAUUUAGGCCACCAAGAAAUGGCCCAACAAUUUGGGAAAUUGGCAUUCCGGAUAGAACCGCGGCUGAGUUUUACGUUCCUGAUGCAGCUUUAGGAUUGGCUAAUUCUUUAUACGUUAAUCACACGGAAAAAUAUAGACAAUAUGGUUUGUGGGAACGCUACACGGAUUUAUAUCCUCUUCAAGACCUAAUUUACAGAGUUGGCCAUAGCAAUUAUCAAAAUGAUUGGUUCUUCGCUCAUGUCAACAGAAGGGUUGCAAGAAAUAAGUAUGUCGCCACAAGUUGGCAAAUAUCAUUUGAUAUGGAUGAGGUUCUUUCUUCAGCCAACUACACACUUCGAUUGGCGUUAGCUUCUGCUACCAUGGCCGAAGUUCAGGUUCGGGUGAAUGACGAAUCAAGCGUUGUUCCUGAUUUUACAACGGGGCUUAUUGGGAGCGACAGUGCAAUUGCAAGACAUGGAAUUCAUGGUUUUUAUUGGGCAUUCAGUAUUGAUAUACCAGGCAACAGGCUUUUGCUGGGAAACAAUACAAUUUUUCUCAAGCAGGCAAAGGGCGGUUGUAUUUUGAGUGGGGUGAUGUAUGAUUACAUCCGUCUUGAAGGACCGAAGGAGCAAAUAAAUAGUUCAACAUUUACCAAAUCUUACAUCCAUUAG